UUGCUUAAACACUAUAACCAGGCCUCUAAACUAAAAUUUCAAAACCAUAAACGCUAUUGGUCAAAAAGCUCACCCAUUUCCCUGAACUAUAAACACUAUUCCCUGCUUUGACACAUGACUCAAAUUUGGUGAACUGGUACUGCAAAACUCUACACACAAAUCCCUACAUUUUACAGUGCUUACACCAUGUAGUCAUGUAGAAAGCACUAGCAUGCAAUAAUGUUAACGUAAGUCAGCAUAGCUUGAGCCCAAUUAGCACACAAUUAACCAGGUGGAAACACUAGGAGUCAAAAUUUAGCACACACCAAUCAGAACCUGCGAUGGAUAGAUAAAAGGGCCAAAGUCAGCUCAUUCAGGUUUGAAACAAUGGAUCCAAAGAGAUGCAAAGGAAGAGGACGUGGUGGAGAAAGAGGACGUGGUGAAGGAGGAGGACGUGGUGGAGAAAGAGGACGUGGUGAAGGAGGAGGACGUGGUGGAAGAGGAGGAGGAGGUGGAGAAAGAGGACGUGGUGAAGGAGGAGGACGUGGUGAAAGAGGAGGACGUGGUGGAGAAAGAGGACGUGGUGAAGGAGGAGGACGUGGUGGAAGAGGAGGAGGAGGUGGUGAAGGAGGUGGAGGUGGAGAACGACGGCGACAAGGAAGGGGAAGAGCAAGGGCACGAAGACAGUCAGUCUCGGAUGAAAUUCGAGCCACUUUAGUUGACCAUGUCCUUGUCCAUGGGAUGACUAUGAGGGAGGCUGGGCAACGAGUACAACCAAAUUUGAGUCGCUUCACUGUUGCCUCCAUCAUCAGAACCUUCAGGGAGGAAAACAGGACACAGAGACGACCACCUGGUGGAGGCAGGUUAAGGCUUUUGUCGGAGGAGCAAGAGAGGGAACUUGUAAACAUGGUAAUUGCAAAUAAUGUAAUCCGCCUGCAAGAGAUUCAAAGGAGAGUGAUUGAGGAUGAUCAUCUUUUUCGAGGCAUAAAUGCCAUCAGCCUCUCCACAAUUGACCGCAUCCUCCGAAAGAAUCAAUUCCGGAUGAAACAGGCAUACCGAGUCCCUUUCGAACGAAACUCUGACAGAGUGAAAAACCAACGUGUGGAAUAUGUUCAGAGAAUCUUUGAGAUUGAAGGACGGCCUGUUCCCCAUGAAAUGAUCUUUGUGGAUGAGGCAAGUUUUAACCUGACCAAAAGAAGGAAAAGGGGAGGAACAUAAUUGGCCAUCGGGCUAUUGUAAAUGUCCCUGGUCAGCGUGGGGGGAAUGUCACUAUGUGCGCAGCCAUCAGCCAACGAGGGGUACUCCACCGCCAUGCCGUACUAGGACCCUAUAACACUAUGCUUCUCCUUGCUUUUCUUGAUGGUUUAAGACAACAUAUGUUCCAGCUGGACUACAGGGAACCAGCACAGCCAGAGCAGCCUCACUACGUUGUUGUGUGGGAUAACGUCAGCUUCCAUCGCGCUGCUCUGGUUCGUGACUGGUUUACCAAUAACCCAAGGUUUUCUAAUAUCUUUCUGCCUGCAUACUCCCCCUUUCUAAACCCGAUAGAGGAGUUAUUUUCGGCAUGGCGGUGGAAAGUGUAUGACCGAGAACCUUAUGUCCGUGUUCACCUCCUUCAGGCCAUGGAAGAGGCCUGCCUAGACAUAUCAGUAGAUGCAUGCCAGGGGUGGAUCAGGCAUGCAAGAGGAUUUUACCCCCGCUGCCUGGCUGGGGCCAAUAUAGCCUGUGAUGUGGAUGAGAUUCUCUGGCCUGACCCAGACCAAAGACAAGAUGCUGUGGUGGGAUAAUGUUUCUGGUGUGUGUUGUACUGUAUAGUACAUGAAUGACAAUGUGCCACUGUACAUACAUUGGUUGCGUCUUUUGUGUUUAUCAUGUGACAAGGGUUUUGAAGGGGAGAACCAUAAGCAACCUAAUUGUUUUGGAACUAUUGUUUUGAAUUAAUUGUACCAGUGUGCAAAACUCUGUUGUAGUGUGUGUGUUUUUGAGGGCUUGUGUUUGAUGUCUGAGGGCAAAGUUCGGUUUUUCAGCAGGAGUGAAUAGUUUUGGGUGUAGAGCUUCAUUUUGACCUGGAAAUAGGAUGUUUGGGGAAUUGAGUGAGAUGUUAUGGAUUUGUGUUUACUGUUGUGCGGAUAUGAGGCGUAGUUUCAAGAAAUGUGUUUUAGCAAUCGAG